CUUCACAUCGUCUAUCACACGUUUCUUGAAGCCACAGGCCUCUGAGCCAAGCCAUCAUCAUGAGGCUGAUUAGAUGGUUGUCCUAUUUUUCUUUGAGUAUUUUUCCAGAUCAAGGGCCAACGCAGAUAAUAGACUCCAAGACAAACAUUAUCUCCUAAGCAAACAAUGCAGACAUUGUUUGGUCCAUACCACCAAAGCCUUUCAUCUGUCUUGCUAUUAUUGUCAUUGAUCAAGUGGGUUCAUAAUAGCAUGCCUUUACUUAAGCAUAUACUUCUAUACAUCGGCCUAUCCCUUGCCCCUUGUCAUCAUCUGGGACGUCCCUCAAUUCUUACCACAACAGUCCAAAUCAUCCCGAAUGCCAGUCGAUCUUGCAAACAAGAUGACACUGAUGAUCACACUGAGAGGCCCAUCUGGUUUCCAAUGUGCUUGGGGUUUCAAAGGUCGUUUUGAAGAGCCGGCCCCUCUCCCGUUGUGCAAGGAGGCCUUUCUGCUUGUCAUUGCUGAAGGAAUCGACUCAGCUGAUUUGAUUCGAGCAGGAUUUCAGGCAUAUCAACAAGCACUCAACUCCAACAAGACCCAGGGAUUUUCGCCUCGUUUUCUGGCGAGUGAAAACGUCUCAAUAGCCGUCACCCAGCACCAGCUGGACAAGAUCAAGAUUUAUCUGGAGGCCAUCCGGGAGGAGAUUGGACGCAGUAGUUGUGCCGACACUUUCGUCGAUGACGAGACUGUUCACGAUGCUAUGUACUGCCUAUCUUGGAUAGCGAGAUGCCGCGCCAUCCUAGUGCACUCGCAUGUCUACUACAAGGUCAACUAUACUCUCGUUGGAUCUGAGAACAAGGACAUCACCAUGGCCUCCAAGUCUUGAGAUCUACUGUUUUGUAACAAGCACC